AAUAAUAAACAUCAAUAUUAACAUAUGUUAACAUAAAAUUUUACGAAUCUCUAAUUUGUGAUUAUUACCCAAAUAAAAAAUGAUAAAAGCUAUACUUGUAUUUAACAAUCAUGGGAAACCUCGUCUGUCAAAGUUCUAUCAAUAUUUUGAUGAAAAUCUGCAACAACAAAUCAUUAAAGAGACGUUUCAGCUAGUGUCAAAGCGCGAUGAUAACGUUUGCAAUUUUUUGGAAGGCGGCAGCUUAAUUGGCGGCUCCGAUUACAAGCUGAUAUACCGACACUAUGCCACACUCUACUUUGUCUUCUGUGUUGAUUCCUCAGAGAGUGAGCUGGGUAUAUUGGAUUUGAUACAGGUGUUUGUCGAGACUCUGGAUAAGUGUUUUGAAAAUGUGUGCGAAUUGGAUUUGAUAUUUCACGCUGAUGCCGUUCAUCAUAUUCUGUCGGAGCUCGUUAUGGGCGGAAUGGUUCUGCAAACAAAUAUGAAUGACAUAAUCACGAGGAUUGAAGAUCAAAAUAAGUUGAUCAAACAGGAAUCGGGAAUCUCAGCGGCGCCAGCGCGUGCGGUUAGCGUUGUCAAAAGCAUGAACAUUCCACAGCAAAUCAAGGACAUUAAACUGCCAGACCUUCCACAAGCCAUAAAGGACUUGAAAUUUUGAUUCGAGGUGUGCUGCUACAAAUGUUAUUAUUAAAUUAGUGAUUUAAGUACUAAUAGAUGAAAUCUGAAUUUAA